UCAGUCACGGAAAUGAGAAACGCAUUCAACACAUGCUUAGCAGUCAACACUUGUGUGCUGCUGCAAUGUUAAUAGCUAUAGGGCGCAUGCAAAUGAUGUAACGCAAUGAAUGAUAAAAACGAACGGAACCAUUAUGUCGACGUCCCCACAAAGGAUGACAUUAUAUCGGGCUUUCAGGUCUCCUUCUUUGCGAUGCGAAGCUUGGCUUUUUAUCCCUGGCGUAGCCUUGAGAUGAGACUACAGGGAGAUGGAUCAUCAGAUAUCCUCGUAGAAAUUCUAAAACAGACAUGCUUUCAUAAGCUAUGCCGGAAAACACCCCCAUCGGUUAAAUACCGGAGACUGUUCCUCACAGAGCUGAUCAAAAGGCACGAAGCUGCAGGCUCAGAGCCGUUGGACGAUCUGUACUGUGCGUUUGCUGAUGUAUUGGGUUCGGAGGAUGAAUCUGUGUGCUACAAAAGCUAUUUUCUGCCAGCAGGGGACGCUAUCAGUCUUUCAGAAAGCGUGGCUGCCAUCUCCGAAGGUACCACGGGCCUCGUCACGUGGGAGGCCGCUCUGUACCUAGCGGAGUGGGCUCUCGAGAACACGCAGAUCUUCAAGGACAGGGCCCUGCUGGAGCUGGGCAGCGGGGCAGGCUUGACCGGAGUCGUGGUGUGUCGCUCCUGCAGCCCUGCUCGCUACACGUUCAGCGACUGCCACCCCUGCGUGCUGCGCCGGCUGCAGGACAACGUACAACAGAACGGCCUGGGGGCCCCAGGUGGCCCCCGUGUGGCUGUGGAGGAGCUGGACUGGACGGCGGUCACAGACGAGCGGCUGCAGGAGCUGCACGCCGACACGGUCAUCGCUGCAGAUGUGGUCUAUGACCCUCACAUCAUCAGCAGUCUUGUGAAGCUGCUCCUCAGGCUUUUGCGGUGUCGGGUUCGAGUCCCCCCCGACAUCUAUAUCGCCUCCACAGUCCGAAAUCCCGACACGUACGACCGCUUCAAGAACCAGCUGGGCGGAGCGGGGAUCCGGCACGAGGUGGUUGCUGGACCCAGCUCACAGCUUUUUCCAUACAGCAGGACCUCACAGAUAGAACUUAUCAAGCUGUAUUUAUGAAGCCAAAUGUGUAAUAAAGUAUUUAUUUACAUUUUA